AUGGUAGUCUGAUUACGUUAAUAUCUUGGCUGCUAAAUCAUGAGACGAUACCGCUUUUGUAUUUUGCGAUGUUUUCGAUGCGUGACGAGCUAGAUGACAUAGCAGUAAACUACUUACAAGUAGUUGGUCAACGUGGCUACUGAACGGUUAUUAUUAUCUUUACUCUACUGUGAGGUGUGAGUGUAAAUAUGCUAUCCGAAAUGAAAGUGUAGUUGCUGUAACGUUAGCUGUAGAUUGAUCAUAAUCUUUAUUUGAUAACUUCAUAACUUCAUAACUUCAUAACUUCAAACUUGCAUGAAGAUAAAAAUAAAAGGGGGGAUGAUUACCUAAGUGCGAGUUUACUUGACAGCUGUUGGUGGCCGGCAGUUAUUAUCUUAUCUCCCUAGCUUCCAAACGCCAUCAAUCAAUCAGAAGCUUCUCAUUCUCAGUCCCAUAAUUACACGCUUCCCAUCUUAUACCAACCACCAAACACCAAACACCAUCGAAGUUUCCGGUCAAUCCGCACGCAAAACCUCAACGCGACGAAAGAGCUCCGAAACUAGUAUAUAAAUACUAUAGAUAUCAAUCAAACAACGCGGAGGAAGAUACGAUAUGGAUUACCAAAACCGCGCCGGCUCCAAGUUCGGCGGCGGUGGUGUCGCCUCGCACAGCGCCACCAAUGCCGACCGACGAGAGCGUCUGCGCAAGCUCGCCCUCGAAACCAUCGAUCUCGACAAAGACCCCUACUUCUUCAAGAACCACGUCGGCUCGUUCGAAUGCCGUCUUUGCUUAACCGUGCACCAAAAUGACGGGUCCUACCUCGCCCACACCCAGGGCAAGAAACAUCAGACGAACCUGGCGCGCCGCGCCGCCCGCGAGCAGAAAGAAGGAAAGAGCCAAAUCGAUCCCAACACGGGACUGCCCGUAGGCGUGGUAGGCGCGGGCUUCGGGGCGGGCAUGGUGCGGCGCAACAUCGUCAAGAUCGGGCGGCCGGGGUACAAGAUCACGAAGGUGCGGGACCAGGUGACGCUGCAGCAGGGCCUACUGUUCCAGCUGCAGUACCCGGAGAUCGCGCAGGACGUGACGCCCAAGGUGCGGUUCAUGAGCGCGUUCGAGCAGCGCGUCGAGGAGCCGCCCGAUAAGAACUUCCAGUACAUGCUCGUGGCGGCGGAGCCGUACGAGACGUGCGGGUUCAAGCUCCAGGCGAGGGAGAUCGAUCGCUCGGGGGAUCGGUAUUGGACCUGGUGGGAUGCGGAUUUGAAGGAGUUUUGGAUCCAGGUUAUGUUUUUGACGGAGAGGGAGGAGAGGUAUGUUGGAGUGCCGGGUUUGCCGGGUCGGAGGUGAUUGUUUUGUGGUGGGGUUGGAGGUUUUUUUUAGAUGGAGAGGCGGAUGAGGUGAAUACCCAGUAGUGUUAGGGAAUAUUGGAGAAACGAGUUAUUGCAAAAGGGGGAAAUACAGUCGAAGGUGAUAGUCCGGCCUCGACGAUAAUUAUACGCUUUCUCGAUCGCUUCCCAAUCAUGUUAAGCCUCGUCCUACGAUGGCUAACAUCCGACAACCCCAUUUCCCGCCUGUGUAAGUGGCUUAUUAAAGGAAUACCCUU